GCGCGGGGCGUCGUCGAUGGGAGAAGCAGCGCGGCGCUGCCGGCAGUCGUCGCCGCCGUCGUCGCCGAGUGAGAGGCAGUCGUAGUAGAAGCGGAGCGGGCAGCGCGGGCUUUUGGAGCGGCGGCCGCGUCAUGCCGUGAGCGGGACGCCUCGAGUUGUUUCUGUUUUUUUGUUUUUGCCAUCGUCUCUUCGGAGGGGUGUUUCCGCCAUGGAAGAGGAGACGGGCUUCAUCAACAGCCAGCCGUCCAUGGCGGAGUUCAUGACAGCGCUGCCACACGUCAACGAGAGCUUCCACAACGGAGGUGGACGGGCGCCGGGCGGUGUGGUGCCGCCGCCUGCCAUGUGCCAGAGCCCGCUGGGCGGCUCGCCCGGCGGCGCCAAGAUGCCGCUCGGCGUCCCGGAGUACCCCUGGAUGAAGGAGAAGAAGACCACGCGCAAACAGCACCAAGGGUUUGCGUCUGCGAAGUCGAGGAAUAACGAUCUCAUGCAGAAGACAGGGGUUCCUAGAAAUGAAAACGGAGAAAAUGGAAUGCCGCGACGUCUGCGGACCGCCUACACCAACACGCAACUUCUGGAGCUGGAAAAGGAGUUCCACUUCAACAAGUACCUGUGUCGGCCUCGGCGGAUCGAGAUCGCCGCGUCGCUCGACCUCACCGAGCGUCAAGUCAAGGUGUGGUUCCAGAACCGGAGGAUGAAGCACAAGCGGCAGACGAUGAUGAGCAAGCAGGACGACAAGGGCAACGGCGGCGACGGGGCCUCCGAAGGCGAGGCGCCCGACGGCGACCAGCGAUUGCCGCAGGUCGGCCCGGUGGCCAGCCCGUCGCAGGUUGGCGGUGCCGAGGACGGCGGACGGGACGGCUGCUGCCCGCCGGCGGCGAGGGCGGCCGCGUCUUCGCCGUCGGGCUCCGAGCCGGACUCGGACUCCAAGGGCCACCUGCACCCGGUGCUGGGGCUGGCCUCGCCGGCCCGCUCGGACAAGACCCCGACGCCCGGCAAGGAGGGCGGCUUCGUCGGCGAGCGGCCCAGCCCGCUGGGUCGCGCCGCCAGCCCCGCCGCCCGCGCCGCCGCCGCCGCUGCCGCCGCCGCCAAGGCGGCUGCUGCCGCUGCCCUGUGCGCCCUGGACGCGGCCAGCCCUUCGGCCGCCACUUAUCCUUGUCCCAGCGCGCGUGUGGCUUCUUCUCCGAAGUGUCAGCUGCCGGCGCAGCUGUACGGGAACCACUACGGCCAGCAGCAGGAACGGGCCGCGCCGGCUGCCAUCGCCGCGCAGCAGCAGCAACCCUACAGCAGCGCCUCGGCGCCCCAGCACCGCGUCGGCAGCCAGCCCGGCGCGUACUGCGCGGCCGCCUACCGCUCGCCGCCGGCCGCCAGUCCCGCGGUCGGGCCCCAGCCGGGAGCCAGCAACGGCUACGUGGCCGUGCUUCCGCACGGCUACAAGGCGACCGGACCCAUGUACUACCACCACCAGGGCAGCGCGGCGGCGCAGGCGUGCGGCUACGUGCCCGCGGCGGCCGCCGCCACCGCCGCUUCUACGCACGCCAACAUGAUCGGCACCUCCAUGGACGCCCAUCAGCAAAUGCACCAUGCGCAGAGCCAGCAGCCGUCGCCGCAGCAGCACCAGCCGCACCAUCCGCAGCAACACCAGCAGCAACCGCAACAUCAGCCUCAGCACCAGCAACCGCAGCACCACCAGCAAUGCCAAGCGCAGCACCAGGCGGCCCAGGUCCAGCCCAGCACUCAGCAGCCAACCCACCAGCAGUCCCCGGAACAAAGGCCGUACAUGUACGGAAUGGAAGGCAUGAAUCAAGCCGCGGCGUCGGGCCAAGGUUACGUGGGCGAGUACAGGGGCGUGGGUCAAGAGUACGCGCGCGGAGGCUACGGCGCGGCCCCGUACAACAGCGAGGCUGAAAGCAUCGAGGAAGGGCAGUACAACGGGCCCAACGACGGCAGCGGUUACCCCUACAGCUACCGCACGUCGGAGUGCUACCCGACCGAGGAAUCGAGCAACAUGGUGGCUUCGCCGAACGGUGACUCUGGUAUGUACUACGAGAUCGCCUGCAACGGCAGCUCCUCGAACCCCGCCACUAGCCGGACUCCCGAGUACGCGCCGCCCUCAGCGAAGCAGCAGCAACAGCAGCAACCGUAUCAGCAGGCGCCGGCCAACUAUUACGAGAUGCAGAACGGUACCGCGACGAACGCGGCGACCAGCUACAACCCGUCGCCCGAACACUACAACGGCCAGAGCUCUUCGGACACCGACCUCAACUUCAACAGUUUCUACUACGGUGAUUCCAACGGAUACUCGGGACCGGGCUCGUGCGGCUCCAACGAGUUCAGUUUUCUGACGAACAUUGCCAACGAGUACGCGGCGCCUGAGUACUACCAGCUGAGCUGACUGCAAGACAAUGAGUGAUGCGAAACAUUUCGAGAGUGUGCGCGUUAACCUGAGCGCUUCGUUUUCUCUGAACGUAAUAAUCGGGGGGUGGGGCAAGGGGACGAGACCAGAAUGGCAUAGCGACCAGUGCAUGCGAUAGGUGCGUGGCUCCGACAUGGCGAACUCCUGUCUUUGAUGAUGCCGGAGCCAGACAAGAUUGCGCGUUGCGGGUCGCUGGCUACACAUACACGUGACUUUGCUGCGAGAGAGAGAAAAAAAAAAGCCAUUUCCUCGUUUGAGGAGCAAGUUUUUGAGCUGUGACUUGGUGCGCUCACCGCGCACGAGGUGAUGAUAAGCACGUUUCUCCAGCGCACGUUGUAUCUAGACCAGUAUAUACGUUCGUGCCGGAAGUGAGUAUAUCCGGCUUCACAAAAGGACACGUGUUCCCAGCGAUCGUGAAAUAAGGCAGUUAAGAGCACUUACCGACGAGCAAAAGAGAGAGAGCCAUUCUAUAAACCCACCUUCGAGCAAUUUCGUUUCGUCCUGCAUCGAGUGCAAUAAUGCGGCUGGUCGUAAACAUUGCCAUGCGAACAGAAAUCCACACACAAACAACCCUGUUCACACGCAAAAAGUCUGCUGUGAUUUUUUUUUAAUGUCUUUGUUUAUAAAGCUGUAAAUAUAACUUAAGAGGCGCUGUGCAAUCUUCACAAUAAUGCGAAGCUGAUCUUACGCACAGACUGGCUCUCGGCAGUGUUUUACCUAUAGAGUGAGCCUCUUACACCUGCACUACCUUCUCCAAGCUUUCCGCGUAUUAAAGCUUUUCCUUGUACUUCUGUACUGAGAAAAAAAAUACACAUCCGAAAGUGCUUGGCCGCAGAAAAAAAAAAUACAAAAAUGACAAUUUUGCCUCACCUGCUCUUCUGUGUUACUUCGUGCUGACUUCCAUCUUUAUUUUUAUUUCUUGCCUGCCGCGCCCUCUUUCUGCGUCUCUGAAAUAUCGCAAUUUGUUCUUCUGUAUAGCGUGUAUUGUAUAAAAUAUUGUUGUCUAUCGUGUCCACACUAUGUGUUAAAGAAAGUUAGGCUGUACAUAUUGUUACGAAAAGUGGCACCACGUCGUAAUCUGUGUUUUCCAGUCUUUCUGACAAGAGAUGUUCCACCACAGAAUGAUGAAAAAAAUAA